AAAACGGCCAUGCAAGCCACUCGUGUGCGCGUUCUCGGCCGAAGCCUGGCCGCAUCGCGGCCGUCCGCGAUCACACGUAUCCCGCCAGCCAGGCUCAGGCUGCGGUCCACGGGAACAGGGGCGGAGGCGAGCGCAUCUGCACCCCCACCGCCGCCUCCUGUGUUCAGGCCGUCACUAUGGAAGCGCUUUCUUCAGGCGACCGGUAGCAUUACCCUCGUGACCCUGGCUGGCGGAGGCGCGUUCUACUACUACGCUCAGAAGGAUAAGACGCCCGGUCCUCAGCUUCCUCAUGACCCUUCCAAGAAGACGUUGGUUAUCUGUGGCAGUGGCUGGGGCGCUACGAGUCUGCUGAAUUCAUUGGAAACGGAGGACUAUAACGUGAUUGUUAUCAGCCCCAAGAACUACUUUCUCUUCACGCCGCUCUUGCCUAGCGUUGCAGUUGGUACAAUAUCGCCUCGCUCUAUCUUGCAGCCGACACGGUAUGUGACGCGCCACAAAAAGCGUCAGGUCACGGUCAUAGAAGCGUCAGCGACAGAUGUCGACCCCGUCAACAAGACCGUCACCUUCGCAGAUACCUCAGAGAUCCAGGGCGCGGUCUCCAACACGACGAUACCCUACGACUACCUCGUCUUCGCCGUCGGCGCCGAGGUCCAGACGUUCAACAUCCCCGGUGUCCGAGAGCACGCGUGUUUCAUGAAGGAGCUCGAGGACGCCGAGAAGAUGCAGCGCCGCUUCAUGGACUGCAUGGAGUCCGCUGCGUUCCCCGGCCAGACCUCCGACGAGGUCAAGCGUCUCCUCCACAUGGUCGUCGUGGGCGGUGGUCCCACUGGGGUCGAGCUCAGCGGAGAGCUGCACGACUUCCUCGAGGAGGAUUUGCGCUCGUGGUACCCCGAACUUGCGGAGAGCGUCCGGAUCACCUUGGUGGAGGCCCUUCCGUCCGUGCUGCCGUCGUUCAGCAAGCAGCUGAUUGACUACACUGAGUCGACGUUCAAGGAGGCCAAAAUAGAUAUCUUGACGAAGACAAUGGUCAAGGAGGUCAAGGAGAAGAGCGUCGUCCUCCAGAUGCCCGACAAGAGCAUCGUCGAGGUCCCCUGCGGGCUCGUCGUCUGGGCUGCCGGCAACACGCUCCGCAAGGUGACCCGCGACCUCAUGGCCAAGCUCCCCGAGGCGCAGAACAACAGACGCGGAAUCACGGUCGACGAGUGCAUGCGCAUGGCUGGCACGGACGGCAGCAUCUUCGCCGUAGGAGACUGCACCGCAACAACUUAUGCGCCCACCGCGCAGGUCGCGUCGCAGCAGGGCGCGUACCUCGCGCGCGUCCUCGGCCAGCUCGCGAAGCGUGACAAUCUUGAGUACCGCCUCAAGGAGCUGGAUGCGGCCCCCGAGGCUGAAAAGCAGGAGCGCGAGCAGGCCGAGAAACGUCUCGCGAAGCUGGAGAAGCUGCGGCCAUUCAAGUAUUCGCACCAGGGCUCACUGGCGUAUAUCGGGAGUGACAAGGCGAUUGCGGACUUGCCGUUCUUCAAUGGCAAUUUGGCUACUGGAGGUGUCGCGACCUUCCUCUUCUGGCGUAGCGCCUACUUGAGCACCCUGUUCUCCAUGAGGAAUCGCACUCUCGUCGCUACUGACUGGCUCAAGGUCAAGUUCUUCGGACGGGAUGUGAGCCGUGAAUAGACGCAUAGCCCACGCCCCGUGUGGCUUGCACUAUUUAUGAUUUUUCUUACGCCCAUAGACUAAUAGGAUCAACUAGUUGAAGAUAGACAUUCUUAGAAGUUAGAGGUACCUUUAGCAUACCGCCUGUGUUCAGGGCCUACUAUCCGCCGUACAGUCCAGUCACUGCCCAUAUCUGCC